AUGGCAUACUAUAACGACAGCUUCCUCUACGCUUUGAGCUCGAACAACGCCUGGGCAGGCUACAAAGCCCACCAAAACCCAGCCUUCUUCCCCAAGCUCGCAAGCGGCCAGACGCCACAGAUCCUCUGGCUCGGCUGCUCCGACUCGCGCUGCCCCGAAACUACCAUCCUCGGCCUCCAACCCGGCGACGUCUUCGUGCACCGCAACAUCGCCAACAUCAUCUCCCCAACCGACAUCAACACGUCCUCGGUAAUCGAGUAUGCCGUCUCCCACCUGCGUGUGCGCCACAUCGUGCUGUGCGGGCACUCAGCCUGCGGCGGGGCCGCCGCGGCGCUCUCGCAGAAACGUAUUGGUGGCGUGCUGGAUACCUGGUUGACGCCGCUGCGGGCGGUGCUGGCGACGCAUGCUGAGGAGCUGGAGAAGGUCGGGGAGGAGGAUGGGAAACGGGCGACUCGGUUGGCGGAGCUGAAUGUGCAGGCGGGCGUGGCGGUGUUGAUGGCGAAUGCGGUGGUGCAGGAGGCGAUUCAGGAAAGGGGUUUGCAGGUGCAUGGUUGUUUGUUUGAUCUGGCGAGUGGGAGGGUUAGGGACUUAGGAUUUGGGACUAAGGGGGCGAGGAUAGUUGGUGGUGGUGUCAAUGGGUCUGUGGGGGAGGUUAGAGGACGGCAUGCGCAGUUGGUGUUUAGGGGUGCUAAUGCCUCGAUGACGGUACGAUGA